GCGCGAGAGCGAGCGUGAGCGAGAGAGAGGGAGAGAGAGACGUCGAAAAAUUACUGUCCCACCAACCUCCGCCCCUGCAGUCAUGCCACAUUCUGGAUUUCAUUGUCAAGCCUCUUAAAAGAGAAGAAAAUCUGGCUUGACCAUCAUCAAGGCCGGCGGUGUUUAAUGUGGAAGCGAUAAACGCCGACACUUCCGCGGUUCAGAGGAUCUGUUUGCUGGCGUGCCUGCGUGUGUAUGUAUGUAUGGGAGUGAACUGGAGAAAGCGAGGAGAAGAAGAAGAAGAAGAGGAGGUUUGAAUUGUCUAGAGGCACUCAGUGGGAGGAGCCAUGACUGAGGGGGAGGGGCAGUUCUACAGCGUGCAGGUGGGUGACUCCACCUUUACGGUGCUCAGAAGGUACCAGCAGCUCCGCGCCAUCGGAUCCGGUGCCCAGGGUAUCGUCUGCUCCGCUCUGGACAACGUUCUUGGCAUCCCAGUCGCUGUGAAGAAACUGAGCCGGCCCUUUCAGAACCAGACACAUGCAAAGAGGGCGUACAGAGAGCUGGUUCUGCUCAAAUGUGUUAAUCACAAGAACAUCAUCCGUUUGCUUAAUGUCUUCACACCCCAGAAGUCACUGGAAGAGUUUCAGGAUUUGUACUUGGUGAUGGAAUUGAUGGACGCUAGUCUUUGUCAGGUGAUUCACAUGGACCUGGACCAUGAGAGGAUGUCUUACCUGCUCUACCAGAUCCUGUGUGGCAUCAGACAUCUACACUCAGCUGGCAUCAUUCACAGGGAUCUGAAGCCCAGUAACAUAGUAGUGAAAUCUGACUGCACGUUAAAGAUCUUAGACUUUGGGCUGGCCAGAACCGCCUGCACUAACUUCAUGAUGACACCCUACGUAGUAACCAGGUACUACAGAGCACCAGAGGUCAUCCUGGGCAUGAAAUAUAAGGAGAAUGUGGAUAUCUGGUCGGUGGGCUGCAUCAUGGGUGAGAUGGUCAAAGGAAGUGUCAUAUUCCAGGGCACUGAUCAUAUUGACCAGUGGAAUAAAGUGAUAGAGAUUCUGGGAACCCCGUCUCUGGAGUUUAUGAACCGUUUGAUGGAGACUGUAAGAAACUAUGUGAUGAACAAACCCCAGUUUCCUGGAGUCAGUUUUAAUGAGCUUUUUCCUGAUUGGGCCUUCCCUUCAGAGACUGAGCAUGACAAGAUCAAAACAAGUCAAGCACGAGACCUGCUGUCCAAGAUGUUGGUAAUUGACCCUGAAAGCCGCAUCUCUGUGCAGGAGGCACUCAAUCACCCUUACAUCCAUGUGUGGUACGACCCAGCCGAGGCCGAUGCGCCUCCUCCGCAGAUAUCAGACAAGCAGUUGGAGGAGCGGGAACAUAGCAUUGAACAGUGGAAAGAGUUGAUUUAUAAAGAAGUAAUGGACUGGGAGGAGAGGAACAAGAACGGAGUGCUGAAAGAGGAGUGUUUAGACGGUACGGUGAACAGCAGCACCACUGCCUCCCAGUCAUCCUCUAUUAAUGACAUCUCAUCCAUGUCGACGGAGCAGACAUUGGCCUCAGACACCGACAGCUCCUGCAUCGACACCCUCACAGGACCGUUAGAAGAGUGACUCGAGUGGCUUCCACCUCCCCGUCUUCUCGCUUAUGUCACAUCCCUCUCCCUCACCUGUGUGGGCCAUGCUGUGGUCUUGACUGAAGAGAACUGUGGGUGCACGUUCAAACGGCUUCAAGUUUACACUCGUAAUCCUUCACUCUUACUUUUAAGGGGCUGUUUUCCCUGUCCCAUCUUGCAUAUACAGACAUUCGUGUAAUAUUAGCCUUUAGACACGUCUGUUGUGACUAAAGCUCAGAUUACACACCAACUGUCGCGUUUCAUCAAAAAUCUUUAUUAUUCACUUCUUGUUUAAUUGCAUCUUCAGUUUUAAUUUUAGAUUUUUAAAACAACUCAGUUUAUAAAUGGGUAAAUAAUAAGUAAAAGGUUUAUGCUUUAAUGCAUUCACAUUUCACUUCAUGUGAACUAAUAUUAAUUCAUCUAACGGCAUUAUUGCAGCCGCAUGUGUAAUAUCUGGAUUUAUCCCUGUCAUUACUGUCCUCUCUCUCUCUGUGCGAUGUAGCUUUUACUACCAUUCAUUUCAUCACCUAAAAGAAGCACAGAUAUAAAUUCUUGGACAACUUUAUUGCUAGUCAGCCCCUUUGGAAUGAGUUCCUGUUACAAGUAUUGCUGCAUGAUGUUAACAAAGAACACUUACUAGACAGACAAUGUAACUACAGAUUACUGAAAUACGCCUAAACACACGUAGAAACAGAACAAUAGUGCCUGCCUCUGUACAUAGUCACCAUACACCCAUUUUAAAAGAGAACCUAAUGAUGCUUUUCAGUUGGUUAGGGUGUAGUCGUGUAUAUAUACGUACAUAGAUUUCGUGUAAAUGUUCAGUUUUACUUUCUUUGUGCUGUGGAAAGAAUUUUACAGCUUUUGAAUAUGCUUUAGCAUAUGUACUGUAAAACUACAUAGAUUGAACUUGAAAUCGAUUUAAAAAAGAAAAUUGCACAUAGUGAGCAUAUUCUGUUUAAAAUGAACAAAAACCUGCAUCUAGAUAUUGAAUGAAAAAAUGUGGAUGCAACAUCCUAAUCAAAGCCCCUGUUCCUCAUUCCAAGAGUAAUUAAUCACCGCUGACAAGUUCAUGAUCGUAAGAUCAUAUCUCGUAAGAUUGUACAUUUAAUUGCAUGAGCUAAUGCAAACCAUUGCCUUUUCUAAUCUCUUUAAACUUGAAAAGCCCAUAAGAAUGUUGUACAAAGCAAAUUUAUGGUUUCUUUCCUUUUUUUUAUUUUUUUAUUUUUUAAACAGACUUGUCAGCGGAUUUUUCAUCGGUUUCCUCUUAUAGAUGUCUUUCAGUGAAACGCUUGUUUAUAUGGAUUAUUAAGGCCAUAUAAUUGAAUUUCCUUUAUAUAAGUCUCUUCAGCCUUAGGUUACUGUUCGCAGGCUUGCAAAUCAGUUAUAAACUGUGGGUAGCCAUGCGCUUAGAGAUUUCUUUUGAACUCUGUGAUUCUUUAGCAGUGGUAUUCAGGAUGGAAACCCAACCAUUCAUCAGUUUCAUCCAGUUUCAUCAACCUCAGCAUCAAUCAAUCCUGGUUUCUUUUCCUUCCAGUGUUGUAGAUAUGUAUGGUGAUGUGUCCUGUACCCUACAUUCAUUCUUAUGCAUGAUAACAAAAGCCCUUUUCAUCCCAUACAUUGCUGAAACCUGUCUUCUGGUUGUAGAAGAUGAUUGGAGAGCCUCUGGAGGAUAAUAUGAGUGAAUUGUUCAGUUUGUGUGCCUCCAAGCUCUCCAAGACGGACUGAAACGGGAUGUUUGUAGAUUGAUUAGCGAAUGAACUUAGCAUCACCAUAACUUUCAUGCCUUAAGCUUUUCACUAUCAACAUCUCUAAGGCUUGGCCUGGAGAUCACAAAAUGAUUGAUGGUAAUGUACCUACAAUCAAUUUCUGGAUUGUUUGCUACCAUGCCACUUUUCCUGGUUCUUGAGCUUGUGAGAUUUCUUUUGGUGCUUCACUUUACUGUUAGCACAGUGAUAAUGUAUUACAACAACGCAAUAGUGCAUUGUGUUCCAUUUUUAUUUCGGAGCCUUCAUGCACAUUAGUUUCACUGUUGUGGACUUGUUGAUUCCUGUUAUGAAUACUAGUGAUGGACAUCUGUGGAACUGAAACCUUUAAGAUGAUGAACAAAGCUGGCUCACACUUUCUCAAGGGCUUACUUUCUCUUCUUUUAGGUAUCUGUUUCCCUUUGGGGGAGAUGGGGUGUGUGUUUGUGAACAACAGUGUGUUUUUGUCACUGACAAUCUCUCACUAGAGGUGGAAUCAGUAAUGACUUGAAGAAUUAUUCACUUUUUAGAUAUUCAUUUACUUCUUUCUGAAGGACAGUUCACACUGUACUGACAUGCCGACAGCCAACUGAUUACAGUAUGUAAUCUGUACUUCUCGGACAGUCCACAACCCAAAAAACAGAUUUCAAAUUUUCAGUUGGCAGAAACAGACACUGACAGGGGUAACAUGGUCACCCGACAAAACUAAUGUGUCUGGUUGUCUUGUCUGUUGGUCCAGUGUGAGUUGGCCUUAAGAAAACAGUUCUCAUGGUCAUCAGUCAAAUCCUGUAAAAGGAAUAGAUAUCUAACUGCUCUGUGCUAGUAAUGUCUGUUUAGCUUUCAUGUGUUUUGUAUUGUUGUGCUACAUAUGGGUGCCCCAUCAGUGGGCUAUGAUGGGAGUUACCCAAAUCACAAACCUGUCUGAAACAUAUGCAAAACCUUAAAUGAUCCUCUAUCUACAAUAAUAGAGUGAUACUUCUUUUCUCUGUGAAAAAGAAAAAAAAAAAAAAAAAACAUCUGUUACGACUGGCCAAAUAAAAAGCUCAAAGUAA